GGUACAUGAGAGCUACAGGUGGCUCCUCCAGGGUGAUGUGUGACAAUGUGCCAGGCCUGGUGAGUCGCCAGCGGCAGCUGUGCCACCGACACCCAGACGUGAUGCGUGCCGUUGGCCUGGGCGUAGCCGAGUGGACAGCAGAGUGCCAGCACCAGUUUCGCCAGCACCGCUGGAACUGCAACACCCUGGACAGGGAUCACAGCCUUUUUGGCAGGGUCCUGCUCCGAAGUAGUCGGGAAUCUGCCUUUGUUUACGCCAUCUCCUCAGCUGGAGUUGUAUUUGCCAUCACCAGGGCCUGUAGCCAAGGAGAAUUAAAAUCCUGUUCCUGUGAUCCAAAGAAGAAGGGAACUGCCAAGGACAGCAAGGGCACUUUCGACUGGGGUGGCUGCAGUGAUAACAUUGACUAUGGGAUCAAAUUUGCCCGAGCCUUUGUGGAUGCCAAGGAAAGGAAAGGAAAGGAUGCCAGAGCCUUGAUGAAUCUUCAUAACAACAGAGCUGGCAGGAAGGCUGUAAAGCGGUUCUUGAAACAAGAGUGCAAGUGUCACGGUGUGAGCGGUUCAUGUACUCUGAGGACAUGUUGGCUGGCCAUGGCUGACUUCAGGAAAACAGGCGAUUACCUCUGGAAGAAAUACAAUGGGGCCAUCCAGGUAGUCAUGAACCAAGAUGGCACAGGUUUCACUGUGGCCAACAAGAGGUUUAAGAAGCCAACCAAAAAUGACCUCGUGUAUUUUGAGAAUUCUCCAGACUACUGUAUCAGGGACCGAGAGGCAGGCUCCCUGGGUACAGCAGGCCGUGUGUGCAACCUGACUUCCCGAGGCAUGGACAGCUGCGAAGUCAUGUGUUGCGGGAGAGGCUACGACACCUCCCGCGUCACCCGGAUGACCAAGUGUGAGUGUAAGUUCCACUGGUGCUGUGCCGUGCGCUGUCAGGACUGCCUGGAGGCCCUGGAUGUGCACACAUGCAAGGCGCCCAAGAACGCUGACUGGGCGACCUCCACAUGACCCCAGCAGAGGUCCGCAUCCACCUUCCCUCCCACAAGGACUUCAUUGGAUCUGCAAGGACACUGGACCUUUGGGGUCUCUCCCGGGGGAGAUUUCCUAAGGCAUGUGGCCUUUCCUCCACAGAAGCCCCUUCUCCCUCCCUGGGGGCCCCAGGACUGGGGUCACAUGCCACACUUAAAGCAUAACCUAUUCUGUCCACCUUCCGGCAUCCUGGGGCCAUCUCUCUUCCUGGUGAGUUCUCUUUGGAAAUAGCAUGACAGGCUGUUUGAAGGGGAGGGUGGUGGCCCAGACCACUGUCUCCACUCACCUUGACUUUUCCUCUUUCUAGAGCAAAUGGCCAGGCAGAAAAAAAGGGUAUUUCAAAGAAGCUUUUUCUUUGCCUUCUAAAAAACGCUUCCAGUUAAGAAAUUCCGCACUUUUCUCCAGUGGGUAAAGAAAGCAGAAUCAACUGCCACUGAAUUAUCUUUAAUUCUUGGGGAAAAAAUAAGCAAAGCUUUUGUCUGAUCAAGUGAUUUUCACAGCCACCACCCCAGGGGUAAUUGGUAAUUGCCUGGAGAAUGAUGGCUUUUGGUAAACUUCAAGUUAAAAAUGCAUAUUUUUGAAGGCAAUGAUUGCCAUGUUAAAAUCUGAUGUAAUAAGGUGGGAAUUCGGGUGUCCUUUGGUUGAAUCUUUGCAAAGCAAAAGCCUCAGAAAGUGAUUGUUUUGCAUUACUGUCCCCUCGAUGUAAAGAAUCUUUAGGGAAUGAAAUUUCCUUCUCACUUAGGAUCUGAAAGGAAUUAAAAAGCAGAUGGAUGAUCUGGCAGUGUUCUGUAACUAUUGGGUGAAGAUAGUGGAAAGCAAUUUAGUGAGUGGAAUAUCAGAAAAUGUGCCUGUACAGAUAAAGGAAAAAGGGGAGAAUAAAAUUCCUAUCUGGUAUUAUGCAUGUGAUCCAUGGAAUUUUGUAACUGAAAUGACUGUAAGAAUGAAAACUUUGGGAAUGACAUGACAGUAAACUAAAACGCUGACAGAGAGAUUUCCAGAGCUAAGUCCUGCCUGGGGCAACCUUACCAUAAGCAGAUGCCUGAGAGAAGUUGGCCACAUGUGCUGAAAAGCAUCAGUGGGUGCCCGUCACCCAUCAAGCACAUUUUAAAGACCUGUCAUAUUUAAUUGUAUUUAUUUGAUGCUUACAAGAUGACGUGAUACUGUAGCCUACAGCAAAUGACACAUAGCAUUGCUUAUAAAGUUGGUAACCCUGCUAUAUUACAUUGCAAACAAAUCAUAACUUGGAGACUAUAUUUAGGGAACUCAACUGUAAUUAUGGGAACAUCACUAUGCAAAUAGUGGUUGGCUUUUGCCAUCAGCUGAAAGAUGACAUUCAGGGAAAAUGGAGAGGCUGCCUGUACCACUUUUUAUAUUCAAUGAAAGAAAAAGUGAAAUAGACGAAGCUACUUAUCAUCAUCUUGAACAGUUUAGUUCAUGUUCUAUAUGUGAUCUCCUCACAGAAAUACAUUAACUAACAGGUAUUUCAUUAUAUGCAUCUGGUGUCAAA